AUGGCCUGCCUACGGCUACACGAUCCUCAGGUGGCAUGGGCGCAGAAUGCCAUUUUGUUUCCGAGUUUCCAGUGCAUGGACUAUUUACGACACACCUGUGCUGGCCAGGACAUCGCUGCCCCUGCCGACUCCAUACCUCCUAAACUGUCCAAUUUCUCAGAUGUAUUUAGUGAGAAGGAGGUGGCUCGGUUACCCCCGCAUCGACCCUAUGACUGUCCACUGGACCUUCUGCCCGAUGGCCCACUACCUGAGGGAUGCCUGUAUUCCAUGUCUGAGCCCGAAUUGGCCACCCUUCGUGAUUUUUUGGAAAAGAAUUUGGCCCGGGGGUUUAUCCGGCCAUCGUUGUCCUCUCUUUCUGCUCCCAUUCGUUUUGUUAAAAAGAAGAUGGAAGACUUGUGCUUGUGCUGCGAUUACCACCAGUUGAACGCCAUUACGGUGCAGAAUAGUUACCCUUUGCCGCUCAUUCCAGAUGGUCACAAUCGGAGAGCAGAUGCCCUGUCCCAUAAACCUGAGUACCUUUGCCCUGAGGACCCCCUUCCUCUGCGGACAAUGCUGCCAGCGGAAUCUUUGGCUGUUGUCCAGGAACCAGUGGAUUUGCGGACUCGGAUUUACGAUGGUACUCGUGGUGGUCGACAUGUUAACCAAGAUGGCCCACUUUAUCCCCUGUCGAAAAUUACCGUCGGCUCGUACUACUGCCUGGUUGUUUUUGCAGCAUGUGUUCCAUCUUCAUGGUCUGCCGGACAAGGUAGUUUUGGAUUGUGGUGUCCAAUUUACCGCUCAAUUUUGGAAGAGCCUGAUGGCCGUGUUACAGGUGCAGAGGACUAUAAAAGGUUUGCGGAUUGCUCUCGUCGGGCAGUGCCCCCGCUGGCUGUGGGAGACCAUGUGUGGUUCUCCACGAAACAUCUAUGGGUCGACUCUCCGAUCAAGAAGUUGGACCAUCGAUUUAUUGGUCCCUUCCCUAUCGAGGCGGUCAUCAAUCCAGUUGCUUAUCAGCUCACCCUGCCGCACUCCAUGCACAUUCAUCCUGUCUUCCACUGUUCCCUUCUGGUUCCUGAUGCCCCUUCAUGUGCUCUCCAUUCUCCUGCUACUACGGUUCCUCCACCUGUACCCGACAAUGAUCCUGCUGUUGACAACAUGGUGGUCAGCAUUCGGGAUUCUUGCUGGCUGAAAGGAUGGUUUCAAUAUUGCAUUGAAAGGCUGGGGGAUGGACCGGAGGCUUUUUCCUCGGUGGAUGCUUCCACAUUCCACGCCCCGGACCUUAUCCGGAGAUUCCAUGAACAGUUCCCAUUGAAACCACCAAAGAAUGCAGCGGCUCUUUUGGAUCCCAGCCCUGAUUCACUCAAGGCAGUUUUGACAUCAACUGUUCUCCCAGCUUUAUUCUCAGUCUGCCAAGAAAGCUUGUGCCGUAAUGGAGGAAGUUGCCACCAGAUUAAUCUUUCUGAUGGCAUGGCCUCAUUUCGGUGUGACUGCGCUCUUCAUUUCACUGGGCGUUUCUGUGAAAAAGAUACAACGUUAUUCUUCCCAUCAUUCAGCGGAAACUCCUAUUUAGAACUACCUUCACUAUCAUCCCUGUCGGAGGAUAGAUUUGCAUCAGGGAAAGAACGGAACAAAGUGACAAUUUACUUGACUGUGAAGACCACUGCUUUAAAUGGCACUCUCCUUUAUGCUCGUGAUGAAUUCGCAGAAGAACAUUUCCUUCAUCUUUACCUUGUGAAUGGGAAGCCAACUGCUCGAUUUGGCUGUGGCCCUUCUCCAAACAUUUUGACAGUGAGUGCCAAUCACUCCAUUAACAGGGAUGCCCUUGUACCAAUAACACUAAGCUAUAUGUUGUCUUCGGGCAAUCCUGAAGGUUACUGUCUGAUUGAAAUGGCUGCAAAUGAAACAUCUUCUGUCCAUCAGAGGACGUCUCUGCCAGCGCAAAGGACUCAGGUUAGCUUUGGGCCAAUAUUCCUUGGAAAUGUCCCUUCUCAUCGCACAAACAUUCAUCCAAAUUCUGGAAAGAUUUAUGGCUUCAGGGGCUGCAUCAGGGAAUUGCAAGUCAACACCCAAGAACUCUCCAUUAUAGAGGAAGCAUUGGAAGGGCAGAACAUUGACAACUGUAAUGUUCCGGUUUGUAACUAUCAUCCAUGCCGCAAUGGUGGUACAUGCAUUAGUGACACAGAGAACUGGUUCUGUGAAUGUCCUCCUCGCUAUUCUGGAAAAUUAUGUCAGCUUUCAAACUGUGAGCAAAAUCCAUGUGGGAAUGGAGCAACUUGUUUUCCUAAAUCUAACCAGGAUGUUGUGUGCCUCUGUCCAUAUGGAAGAACUGGAAUUCUUUGUAAUGAUGUCAUGAAUAUAACCUAUCCUAGCUUCAGUGGGACAGAUGCUUUUGGCUAUACCUCAUUCCUAGCAUAUUCAGCAAUUCCAAACAUCAGCCUGUGCUAUGAAUUCCAUCUGAAAUUUCAGCUGGCAAAUCACAACUCAUCACUACAAGACAAUCUCCUCUUUUUCACUGGUCAGAAAGGCCAAGGUCUUACUGGGGAUGAUUUCCUAGUGCUGGGUCUGCGAAACGGUAGCUUGGUAUACAGUUACAACCUGGGAUCUGGAAUCGCAACUAUUACUAGCGAGCCACUUGAUCUGACACGUCGCAUUCAUACAGUCAGGCUUGGCAGAUUUCUUAGAAGCGGCUGGAUAAAGGUGGACAGUCAAAAAAACAAAACUAUUACAUCACCAGGAAAGUUGACGGGACUCAAUGUUUUUAGUCAGUUUUAUGUAGGAGGUUACAUUGAAUAUAUUCCAGAAUUCUUACCCAAAGGAUCCAAUUUUAAGAAUGGCUUUCAAGGUUGCAUUUUUGACCUCCGAGUCCAUGCUGGAAAGGAUCAGGAGUUUAAAGCACCAGGAAUUCCAGAAGGCCAUCCUAACACUGGUCGUAAUGUAGGACAAUGUGAAGUGUCUCCGUGCCAACUGAUUACAUGCAGAAAUGGGGGGACAUGCAUGGAAAGCGGCUCUGCGCUAUACUGUCAUUGCUCUUCUGGUUGGACAGGGGCUUUCUGCACAGAAAAAAUUUCAGUGUGUGAUCCUGAGCACAAGCCCCACCAUCGGUGCAAGCGUGGUUCCACCUGCGUCCCUGUGCCUGAUGGAUACAGCUGCCACUGUGCUUUGGGAACCACCGGCACACAUUGUGAACAAGCCUUAACCAUAAGUGAUGCGUCAUUCAGCAACCGCAAGUCUUCCUGGAUGUCAUUUGAGCCCUUCAACAUUCGACACAAGGUUCAUAUCCAGAUGCAAUUCCAGACCUUUUCAGGGAACGGCAUUCUCUUUUACACUGCUCAGCAUCUGAGCUCCCGAUCAGGUGACUUCCUAAGUAUCACUUUGGCAAAUGGAUAUAUACAACUACGUUACAGCCUUGGGGACAGAACAGUUGUUUUACAGACAUUCCAACCUGUCCAUAGCACAAAUAAGACCUGGCUUUUAAUUAAAGCAGGAAGAGUUGGCAACGAAGGCUACUUGGAUCUUGAUGGAAUCAAUGUAACUCAGAAAGCUACCAAUGGCAUGACUUCCUUAGAUACACAAACUGAUUUCUAUGUAGGAGGACUACCUUCCUUAAACCUGGUUAAUCCCAGGGCAAUUAAGAAUGUGCCCACUGGCUUCACUGGCUGCAUUAGGGAGGUCUUUGUCAAUGGCAAAGAAUUAAAACUCACUGAGAAAGGAGCAAAAAGUGGUUCCAAUAUAGGAGACUGCGAUGGAACACCCUGUGGCUAUAGAGUAUGUAAAAACAAUGGGAAAUGCAAAGUUAUAGAGUCUAAUUUCUCUUGCUUGUGCCCCAAGCAAUGGAUGGGGAAGACAUGUGAGCAGUCUAUUUAUUGUUCACAUAGUAAGUGUCUCCAUGGCAGCAUUUGUAUACCCAACCCUGUUUUAUUUUCAUAUACAUGUGCCUGUAAACUUGGCUGGACAGGCCUGUGGUGUGAAAAACAACUCUCAUUUUUGAUUGCCAAGUUCACAGGCAAUUCAUACAUCAAGUACACCGAUACCAAUUAUGAAGAGAGAGAUCUCAGAUUUACUAGGAUCUCUUUCAAUUUUACCACCAGUCAAAUGGAUGGUUUGCUUGUUUGGUUAGGAAAGGCUGAAGAUGAAGAUAAUGACUUCCUUGGAGUAGGAUUUGAAAAUGGAAUGCUAAAAGUUGUAGUUAACUUAGGAGAAAGAAUUGCCAUCCCUCUUAUUCACCAAAGAAAGAUGUUGUGCUGCAAAAAAUGGUAUUUUGUUAACAUUGUGCAAAACUGGACUCUCAUUGAAGUGUAUCUUGAUGAGGAACUUGUUAUUUUUGAAGAUCUUGAUCCACAGAAAAAAUAUACUGUUCUAAACUAUGGGGGCAUUUGCUAUUUUGGAGGGUUUGGACUUGAUAAGAGAGUAAGUGACAUCACCUCAGGACUAUUUAAGCAACAACUAAUUGGUAAAAUAAAGGAUGUUGCCCUUUUUCAGGAUUCAAAAAAAAUAAAUCUAACUAAGGGACAAGGGUAUAAUAUAUAUAGCGGAGAUAAGGAGUAACCAAGAGAGACAAGGCUGUAUUAUUUAAAUUUGUAAUAGUAGCUUACUCUGGUACUCUGGGCAGGCAUAAUUAUACUGUAGAUGGUCCAUAAUAGAACACUUGUAAUCUACAGCCUAUUGCUUGUCUGAUUUAUUUUAUACGAAGUAUUAAAUUCAACAGUUGCUUUCAUGGAUUGCUUCUGUGUUCCUUGAUUGCCCAAUUAAUUCUUCCAAUCAUGCAGUCUGACUUGAAGGUCAUUUAUUUACCUUAAUCCUAAUUUGAUUUUGAUUCUUCGUGUUUCCUUUAUGCUUAACAAUUGCUGACUUUGUCUUUUAUGUACUCUUCAUGAUUCAUUCUUAAUAUUCCUCACCACCUUGACCAGAAUCACCCACCUGCAUUUAAUUGUGAAACCUCUCAAAUCAAUGUCUUUUGACUCUUUUCUGUUUCAGUUCCACUUCCUUCUAUUCUUUCCUAUCCUCAGCUAUCUACAUGAUUUUAAUAUUUCCUUCUCAUCAAAUUGAACUGCAAAAAUUUUAAUGUCCAAGAAACUUAAUAUUUAGACUUAUUAUUCAGAGUUCAAGUCAACCAGAGUCAUGGUUGUUCCUAUGACAAAUCCACAAGAUAGGAGUGGCUAUUCAAAAAUAAAAUUAAUUUUUCUUAUACGUAUUACAUUUUUCUUAUUUCAACCUAUCGCAUUACACAUUGUCAUUAAAAAUGUAUCAGCUAAUAGUAGAGAAUGGAUCACAUAGUUUGUUACUGCAAGUACAGGUAAUACUUAUGACCACACUUAACCCCCAAAUUUCUGUUGCUAAGGGAGACAGUUGUAAGUUUUGCCCCAUUUUAUGACCUUUCUUGCCAGUUAUUAAGUGAAUCACUGCAGUUAAGUUAGCAACA